UAAAAUCAAUCAAGGAUUUUGACAGUUGAAAAACAUGGAAGGGUGCUGGUGGCCUUUUUUUUACUUGUCUUAUUGGAAGUAUAAUUUGCUCCGGCACAAUCUUGACUUUAUGCAUAUAGAAAAGAAUGUCUGUGAAAAUACAUAUGGGACACUUUUAGAAAUGGAGGGCAAGUCAAAGGACAAUCUGCAGGCUAGGAAAGACUUGCAAGAAAUGAACAUUCGGCCGGAUCUACAUCCACAAAAAAAGGCUAACGAUAAGUAUUACUUACCUCCUGCUUUGUAUAAUAUGUCAAAAGAAGAGAAGCAACAGUUUUGUAAGGUCCUUCAUGAUAUUAAGGUUCCAGAUGGUUAUUCUAGUAACAUCUCCAAAUGUGUAAAUGUUGCUCAAGCAAAACUUUCAGGCCUAAAAAGUCAUGAUUGCCAUAUACUAAUGCAACAACUUCUACCGGUUGCUUUGCGAGGGCUUCUCCCCGAUGAUGUUACAUCUGUCCUGUUUGAUCUUUGUGGGUAUUUUAGAGAGCUAAAUGCAAAGGUUCUCUACAUAGAUGAUCUUGAAAAGUUAGAGGAGCGAAUUAUAAUGACGUUAUGUCGGAUGGAGAUGAUAUUUCCUCCAGGAUUUUUUACUAUGAUGGUGCAUCUAGUUCUUCACUUAGCAACAGAGGCAAAAAUAGGUGGUCCAGUUUGCUAUCGAUCAAUGUAUUUUGUGGAAAGGUACCUUGGUGAGCUGAAAUCAAAUGUGAGGAACAAAGCUCAUCCAGAGGGAUGUAUUGCCGAAUCAGUUUUGGCAAAAGAGGCUAUGGUACUUUGUUCAGGAUUUCUUGAUGGUUUUCAAAGCUUGGUUAACAAGCUCUCAAGGACUGAUGAUAGUGAUGAAACACUUGGAUCUUCUAUUGGACCAGCAUCAACUCUUUUUCCAAAUGCUGGAAGGGCACUUGGAAAGCCACGAAGUUAUGCUAUAAGAGGUCUGGCAAAAGUACAAGCACAUAGAUAUGUGUUAUUCAAUUGUUCUGAUGUCAAUCCAUACCUUAGGUAA